CUCUAUGGAACAAUGUCAAGUUUGAAAAGUUUGUAGAUAUUUGCCUUAGUUACGAAUUUUAUGGACAUAAUGUCAAAAGAAUACAAGAUACGGAAAGUAAAUAAGUUUCUUUUCACUUUUAUAAAUGAAGCGAGUAUAACAUGGAAAUCUUAAACAAAUUCAAACAGAAUGGCUACUUUACAGCUGAAUUGUACCAUUUGCUUGCUAAGAAGAAAUUAUUGCUUACUUCUGAAGAGAUCGUACCUUCAGAAUAUCAAAAGGAAAUGAAAAUGUCUACACUACAACGAUUACAGAACUUAAAUAAAAUAGAAGUAGAAAACAUCGUCAGCUGUGGAAAGAAACCGAAAAAUAUUGUUUUGUCUUUUACGCCUAGAGUUUUAGUUUUUCAGAAUUUUAAACCUAACGAUAAGAUCGUUGCUAAGUUUUCCGUUAAGAAUGUUAGCGAGGCGCCUACAUUCCUGAAUAUGGUAUAUAAGGAGUCAUCGUAUUUUUUUAUAAAGCCUUGUGGCGGUCAAUUGCUAUCACGUCUAGCGCCUGGAAUUAGCGUCACAUUUGCUAUUACUUUUAUGCCUGUACAGUACGAGGAUUAUACUCACAGAGUUACAUUUUAUACUGAUCUCGAUCAAUACAUCAUGCCGCUAAUAGCUAUGGGUCCAAGACCGAUAUUUGACUUUCCCGAUGAAAUCGUAAUCCCUAAAGUACCCCUUAAGAUAGAAAAGAGCGUUUUCAUGACCGUUCACAAUGUUGGGGUAAUACCAGCUGGAUUUACUCUUGAUGUGCGAUGUCCAUUUUCGGUUCAACCGAAGUCUGCUUAUUUAAAUCCCAAUGAGAAAAUUGACGUGAAAGUGUCUUUUAAAACUAUGAAAAUCGGCGAAUCCAACGGCGUAUUACACGCUAUAUUUGAAACAGGAGAAACCUUUAUUAUCAAGCUAAUGGGUAGCACGCAUUGUGUGAGUGUCGAAUUAGAAAAACAAGUGGUGCGUUUCCUCGACACGUACAAUACAAUGGUUCGGCAACAGACAUUUAAGAUUAUUAACAAAUCUGAUCAUUUGCUUACCUUCAUGUGUAUGAAAAACGACUGUGUAUAUUAUGAUUUUGAGGAGAAAAUGAAAUUAGCUGGUAUAUUUUACGAUUUAAAAGAAAGUGAAUCAGCUAAAUAUAUGAAAUUAGUGCAAUAUGAUGUUUUAAGCAGCAGCGAGCACGAAAGAGUGUACACAAGAAUAUUUUUCGAUGAAAUUCAAGCUCUUGUGGCUGACGAGACGCUGCAUUUUCAGAAUACACAUUUUUCCAUCACACCGAUUAAAGGAAAUUUGUGGCCAAACAAGGGAACUGAAAUCACGGUUAUAUUUUCUCCCAAAGAAAUAGGAGAGUUUAAAGCAACUGCGUAUUUAGAUAUAGAUGGAGUUAGCGAUCGUAUAGCUUUGAAAAUGAUGGGCGCAUCUAUGCCUCCUUCCAUUUAUUUAAACUUAGAAACACUGGAUAUGGAUUGUGUCUAUAUUAAUAAGACAUAUAAUUAUGAAAUUGUUGCAAUAAAUAGAGGUCAUAUAAAUGGCGUGAUAGUGUACAAGGAGGUGCCUCCGCUCUUUGGCAGUAUCAUAUCAUGCUCGCCGGAAAUGCAUUGCUUACGACCAGGGGAUAAAGAUAUAUUUGUUAUUUCAUUUUGUAAUUCAAAUCAGGGUCCCUAUUUUGAGGAAAUCAAUUUUUCUAUACGCGACACAGACGUAGUAUUGAAGUUAUAUUUAAAGGGAGAAGUCGUCUACCCUUCGCUGACAUUUAGUAUUCCGUGUUUAGAUUUCGGCAUGGUUAGUUUAGGUGUGCCUAAAACUAUGGAAUUGGACGUUAUCAACGAGUCUGUUGUACACGUUAAUGGGUCCGUUAAAAUAUCAUCUGACGGUCCUGAGAUCAGUAGUAUAACUCUAAAGGAUUAUGCUGUAGCGAUGCCCAAACCUGAGGUGCCACAGUGGCCCAGAGAGUUUAAUAUUGAGCCGUGUAAAGUGGAUAUAGAACCAGAAUCGAGAGUUUCUCUCAAGGUAACAUUGACAGCGAAUUUAAUCAGAGCCAAUCAAACAUCUCUUGAGUUAGAGCUUGAGAAGUCUGACAGUCCCCCCGUCGUACUCCCAGUAAUUUUCAAUGCAACGGUGCCCGAGAUUACGUCAGCGCCUGACAUCAAACUGAGGGCAUGCUUCCUGGAUUUUCCAUAUAAAAAAGAAAUAGUCAUAUCCUCAAAUGAGUUUUAUGGGUAUUUUACUUUGGACGAAUCAAAAGAAGAAACGCCCUUAGAAGUAGACGUUGGUGUCAAAGAAGGAUGGAUAGAACCCAACAGUUCGGUAUCCUUACCCGUUGUUAUAAAAACAGGAGUAUUAGGAGUUCAAGAGUACUCAGUUCGGAUACAUUUAUUUGGUCUGUCCCAAUCUAUCGAGAUUUGCCAUGUAGCGGGUUGCGGUGUGCGACCCAUAGUGACGUGCACGCCAAUGGCUCUACAUUGGGGACAAGUUAAAUUGUUGAACAGAACCCAAAAAGUGUUAACAAUGUGCAACGAUUCUCCAGUUAACGUUUAUUUUAAGGCAUCAUUGCUAAAUAAAGAUGGCCGUUGGCAUAUUCAGCCCACUGAAGGGUACAUUGAACCUGAAUCGGAAACAGAUUUGCAGCUAUCUUUAUAUCUAAUAGAUGCCGAUACGUACACAAAUAAAGCGGUGCUUCAGUUGGAAAAAGUCAAAGAUAUUCUAGUACCUUUGUCUGCUACCGGAGUUGGUACAAGCAUACUGGUUGGCGACCUUCGUGACAAAAUUGUACUCGGGCGCCAUUUUACCAAAAUACCAUUGAAUUCCAAAGUGAUUAUGGAAAACCGUGGGACGCGAAUGCAUGCUUUAGAGUGGAGUGAACACUAUAAAGCCCCUAAAACGAAACAACAUACCGCGGGAUUCUUUAGCUUGGAUCCUAAAGUUUUUAAAAUGGCUGCAGGGGAAAAAAUUGAAUUAAUUAUUACAGGUUUAUCUUCUAAAGUAACCACUGUCAAAGAAAUGUGGUAUCUUGUGGGCAGUGUCGAGGGUAUUAAAAAAGAAUUGCUACUUGAAUGUCAAAUUAUAGCUGAAUUUGUUGAUCCGAAAAUAGAAGUUUCCUCUUCUGUUAUAGACUUACAAUAUGACUACGGGCCGUAUAGCGAAUAUUACAAACUAACCGAUAUAAUUACCAUUAAAAACGUUUCUAAAUUACCUUUGGAUAUCGACAUAAGCGUAAAGCCUCCAUUUGCUAUUAUUCAAAAGCAGAAUACAUAUAAAAUAUUGCCUGAAGAAGAAAAUCAUUGUUGCUGCAUCUGUUAUAAUGAAUCAGAUUUGAAUGUCUCGAAGAUGAUUAAUGAAAUCGGUUCACACCAGUCGCAGAUAUUUGUAGAUUAUUUAACAUUAAAACCUGUAGAACCAUUGCGCAAGGGACACUUACAUUUUUUUGAAGAUAUUAAUAAAAUUAAAAUAGCAUUCAAUCUCACACACUUAGUUGAAGAACGUUUGGAAGAUCAAGAAGUUAUGAAAAUACAAAUUUUGUUUGAUACUACUAAACAUUUAUCACUGAAAUCUCGAGUCUAUUGUGAUUUAAUGAGAAUUAGAUUCAAGGGGCAUAAAAACAAAGUUCGUAUUAAACUAACAAGUAUCUAUAAUGUGAACUUUCCGAACAUGUUCGUUUUGUCGCCUAGAGUUGAUUUUCAGUGUAUACUUAAUGGAAGCCUGGAGAGUAAGACUAUCAAGAUACAGAAUAUUACUCCAUUACUAGUUUGCUACAAAUUGCAGUGGAAGAAGUCUAUAAUAACAGCAGCAGUAGUACCGGAAAUUCCUAAGGUACCAUAUACCGACCAAGCUAGUCAAAUUCAAACGUCUACUGAAGCCACAGAGACUACUUUGAGCGUUGUUCAAGAGGCUGAGGGCUUACCUUCAGCGGUUUCUAACCUAGAAAAAGUAAUAGAUCAAGAAAGCAUUACGAAAGAGAUAGCUUUACCCAUUCACGAACAAUUAGAAUCCGUGAUUGACGAAGAUUCAGUUGCUUCUUUCAAUUUUAUGAAAACAAGAACUAUGAAAAAAAUCGCACCAAUGAUAUCUGAUGAAUAUGACGUACAAUUUGAUUGGAUAGGAAAAUUUGCUAGAAAGCAAAAGGCUACAAAGAUCAAUGUGAAUGACGUUUUGCAGCUAGUUCCACAUAGAGGACUUUUAAAACCAAGUGAAAUACAAUAUAUCCAUGUGAUAUUUAGACCUAAAACAAAUAUACAUGUUCGCGCUAUUUUAGAAUGUGAAGUAUUGGGGGGACCUCCAGAAUCUAUAAUAGUGACUGGCCAAAGUUCAGAUUUAAUGUACAAGAUAAAUACUCAACAAAUUAAUUUCAAAAUAAGAUCUUUUCACGAGCUCGCUUUUGAACAAUUGGUUAUAUCAAAUAUAGCACCAUUACUAUUUGAAUACAAAACCUACUUAAAUGAACCUGUGCUUGAAAAUGAAUUAGAAGGAACUAUUCUCGACUUAGUGCCGCCAGAAAAAGCACUAGAGCCUGAAGAAGUAACUGAAAUGAAAAUAGUUGUAAGGCCUGGUGUUGUAGGUUAUUUCAAUAGAGUAUUUCUGUUAGAGAUAGGACAUCUGCCUCACAUACCAAUUGAAGUGUUUGGAUGGGGUGUUAUUCCCCAGGUUUACCUGACUUUACACAGACCAGGCAUUAUUCAUAUACACCCUGAAGUAGGAUAUUUAGCUAUUCCAAUGUUGACAAUGGAAUAUUUAGAAGCAAUUAACGAACUUUUUACGAAAUCUCCAUCAGAACACUUAAAUUCGCCUCUCACUGAAAAAUGUUUCGAAGAUCCUGAAUUGCAACAAAAUUGGCAUAUUUGCUCUUCUUGGGAUGCUUACCCUUCUGUGAUGGACAUUGAAUUAGCGAUAGAAAGAAUUUUAGUCAUAAAUCACAUAAAGUUGCGACCGGAGUUACUAACAGCUUAUUCCAAUACAUCAAAGAUGGGACCUAUUCCUGGAUUUCACACAACAUCUUAUGUAAUCGAUUAUGGAGUUGUGAUAACGGGGAGUACGGUGCAAUGCAUGGCCGAAGUUAUUAAUUAUGGACCUAUUCCUACAAAACUUCAUUUCGCAAAAGGCACUCACAUACCUCCAUGGCUGGGAAUAAAAUUAUGUGGAAAGCUAAGUCCUGGAGAAGCCGGCAAAUUAGAAAUUAUGUUUUCUCCUAGUUCCAACGACUUUAUACAGCUGGAGGAGCCCGUUGAAACGUGUGUUAAUUUAGAGAUACCAUACGGUGUAACAAUACCAAUUCAGAUAAAAGCACUCUGUGCAGUGCCGUAUUUACUAUCCAAUGUGGCAGAAAUUAAUUUCGGGUCUGUUAGAUGUGGAGAUAAAAUUAUUUGUUCAAUACCAUUAAAAAACGUGGGUAAACCUACCUGCAUUUGGUAUGUGACAUUAAAAUUGAAAGCACCUGGCCCCAAUCCUAUGGUGGUGUUGGAUAGUUCAGGAAAAUACGAACCGGGCGAAGGAGGAUGGCUUAGUGUAGCCUUCAAACCAACAAUGGAGAUGACAUACGAAGGCUUACUUAUAUUCAGAUUUCACAUGAAUCCGACUAGAAUGACUAUACCAGUCUCAGGGCAGGGAAUCCUACCACAGGUUCAUAUCAUUGGGCCACAUGUUAACUUUUCCCCUACUCUACCUUGGGCGGAAACUACUGACGUCUACUUUGGAUUAACGAAUCCCUGCCCUUUUCCAAUAGAACUGAUUGUAGCUCAUAGCGAUGAAAAGUGGAAGGAAGAAGAUGAAAUAUAUCAACUACUUACUAAAUAUUAUAACAAACCGGAUGAAAUGCUCGUACCAGCUAUAAGACCUGGGACUGGUUUACCAUUCGAAAUAAUAAACUUCUAUAAGAAAUUUACAGAAAAAGUUACCAAGGCUCUCGAGGAGGAAUCUGCAGCAGCAAGAGCUCUCAGUACUCGGGCUAAUACAGCAGCAAAAAAAACAGCUAAAGGCUCAAAGCCAACUCCGAAAUCAACUACUCCUAAGGAAGCAACUCCAAGAAAGUUUAGAACUGAAGCGGAAAUCGUUGCCGAUGAGAUCAAAUCAUUAAAAGAAAACAAUGUAGAUCCGCUUAAAGAAUGUUUACACGUGUUUGACCAUUCAUCGACCGAUACAAAAACAGACAAAAAUAUGAAAGGUCUUCUCGUCUUUGUACAUGGAUCCCCAUGUGAAGAAGCACAUUGUCAAGAAAUAGCUUACUCUAUCGGAAAAAGGAUAGAUUUACCCACAAUUAAUGUUGACCUCUGUAUUGUGGAAGCACUAUGUAUAUGUGAUUGUCCAGCGAAACAAAUUUUAACCAGUGCGAUACAUGAAACUUUCGAAAUGUCGCAGAAACAUGCGAAAGGGGAUUCAGACGAUAACGAUGGUGUCAGCCAAGAAGCAUUCAAUGAAAAUGAAGAUGAGUUUGAUAUCAUUUUAAGAAAAAUAGAGUUCUUGGCGAAUAAUAAAAACGUUGGACCCUCGAUCAAAAGCCAGCGAUAAAAGAAAAAGAAAUCGUCUAAUUCAUCGAUUGCUUCCCAUUCUGCUUUGGGCGCAAUGGGAUCUACUACACUAUUUCACAUGGAUUUAAUUCAUGAGUUGCUAACGGAUUUUUUUAGCCGUCCUAAAUUUAUGAAAGGCUUUGUAGUAGACUGCUUAACGAGUCUUGCUAAAAAUCCUCCAUUAGUCCUUACUACAGUGUUGAGGUGUAAGCCCACAAUAUGGAACGUACACCUUGUGUUAUGUCAGUCUGAUUUCUAUAGGUGGGCACAAACGUAUGAAGAAACUCACAGGGAAAAUGAUUUGAUUGAUGAGAACAUGUCCAAAGUUUAUGACGAAGUUGAAAUAGAAGGCAUAAUAAAAUCUUUUGAAGAUAUGACUGCAGAAGAAUUUGAAAACUCAUCCCCAGAGUUAAAAUCUAUUUAUAUAAAUUAUGGGUUAGAGGAACGUCGACAAAAAUAUUACGAAUCAAUAGGACAAGUCGGGGAAAUUAUCCGAAAGGACAAAUCUGGUAAAGAUCGUAGCAAAUCUUUGUUGCAAGUAGAUGCAUCGGAGUCAAAGAAGAAAAUAAAAAAGGAGGAUACUAGAGCAAAACCUACAAGCGAAUUCUUAGUUAUGAAUACUAAGUAUAACGAUUACACUAAAAAUACGUACGAGAAUCUUAUCAACAUUGCUAAUAAUUGGGUUUUUGAGGAAAGUGAUGUAGGAAGUCCCAUUUAUGGUUUUAAUGGACAAGUGGUGGGAGCGGCACAAAAAAAGGCAAAAAGGAAAUCCGAAGUUCAAUUUCAGGUGUCAGAAGUUAGUUUCGAAGAUAGAGGUUUUCCUCUAACUUUCAUAAUGUGUCCUUGUAUGCAAUACAAAAAGCAUCUAAAUUUGUUAGAUGAUACAACGCAAGAUAAUGUACUAAACAUUUUGUCUAAGUGGCAUUGCACUUGUGCCAAGAAACGGCGCUUAGUGCUGCAGCCUGGUGACCUGGUUAGAUGUAAAUACUCGUUCAGUCCGCAAGUGGAGGGCAAUUUUAGUGUUAAACGAUACGUCGAAGUCAGCGGGUGGCCAGACUCCAGAGUUGAUAUUAACGUUGUUGGUAUAUGCGAUUUACCAAGACUGGAUAGUAGACCAAAAAAAAUGUUCCAAAACUUCGCUAGAAGAGCCGUAGAGGACAAAGUAUACAAAGUGACUUACUUAGAUAAUCUCAAGAUGUUUGAAUUUGGACCCAUAUUUAUAGGAAACUUUAGAAUAUAUGAAGAAGAAUACACAAUUGAUUUGAAAAACUCUUCUUUAAUUACGGCUGAUGUUGAAAUAGAGUUCCAAGAGGAAACUACCGUUUUUCAAAUUGACAAAGAUUUCGUUACAUUAGAGCCGGGAUGUCGUGGAAAAUUGACUAUAUCGGCAGCCCCCGCUGAAGUUGGAAUCCAUAAUAGCGUGCUACUUUUUUGUGUAAAAGAUAAUCCAGAGAUUAUAACGAUUAAUAUUGGUUGCAGUGGAGUAGUACCCGUAGUAGAAAUACUACCGCUUACUAAGCAAAUUGAAUACGGAAAACUUUUACUGUAUCGUCGAGAAGAUGACAGAUUCAUUGUCAAGAAUGACUCUAUUUUGCCAAUAAUGUGGAAAAUACGGAAUUCCCAGGAGUUCAUGGAAGAUUUUAUUAUAGCUCAAACAUCAGGCAUCGUACCCAGACAGGAUAAUCAAGUAGUUCCAGUGACAUACAUUGCGUGUAGAGUCGGUGUUAUUUCGCAUAAAACUCUCACAAUUGAUAUAUACGACGCGGAUGGCCGAGGUGAACCAAUGUUAAUUGACACCUUAUACUUAUCGGCCGAGUGUUACGAUGUCAUGGUUGAAUGUGCCUACGAAAAUCCCGCUGAAACGUAUCUUAAUUACGGAAACGUGAAAGUAAAUUCCACUGUGGUCAGAGAAAUGUAUUUGUUGAACCGUGGCAAAUAUAACAUUUAUUUUAAGUUGAAAAAAGUACGAAACUUGGAACCCUCUUUAUUGAGAUCCUUCGAAGUAACUCCGGAGUGUGGUAUAAUUCCUUCGAGUCUGAGACUGGUGUCGAUCGAAUUUGAGUGUACACCCACUACGUCGAUUAAUCUCGUAAAUGUGCCCGCCUAUAUAUGUUCUUUAUUGGACGGCAGUAAAGAUCAGGUUGUUGUUGCCAAGUUCCCAGUAUGUGUGACAAUUGCAUCGUUUUACAAUACGUAA